AGGUUCGAGAAGAAUUUUAUUGCGCAUGCGUCACAACUGCUAUCUUGAAUCAGCAAAAUUACCAAACCAACAUUGUAGCUUGGCUUUCACUUUUCAUAAAAAUCAUUUUGGUGUCGUGGCAGUGAAAGAUUGAAUUAAAUAAUAUGGCACAAAAUCAGGAUGAACUGGCCACUGCUAUACUUAAAACAAAAGCUAAGCCAAACAGGCUCAUGGUGGAAGAAGCGGUAACAGAUGAUAACUCAGUCGUCACAUUAUCUCCAGAAAAAAUGGAAGAAUUACAGUUGUUUCGUGGUGAUACUGUGCUAUUAAAAGGGAAAAGGAAAAAGGAAACUGUUUGUAUUGUGUUGUCAAAUGACGAUGCCAGCACAAAUGAUAAAAUUGGAAUGAACAGAGUAGUACGACAAAAUCUGAGAGUUCGACUUGGAGAUAUUGUUAGCGUGCAAGCAUGUCCAGAUGUGAAAUACGGCAAGAGGAUACAUGUUCUUCCAAUAGAUGACACUGUAGAAGGAUUGACUGGGAGCAUAUUUGAUGUAUACUUAAAGCCCUACUUCCUUGAAGCUUACAGACCAGUGUGCAAAGGAGAUCUUUUUCAAAUUCGUGGAGGCAUGAGAGCUGUCGAUUUUAAGGUUGUUGAGACUGAUCCUAGCCCGUAUUGCAUUGUUGCUCCAGACACUGUUAUACAUUGUGAAGGGGAGGCUAUCAAGCGAGAGGAUGAAGAAGAAGCAUUAAACGAAGUUGGAUAUGAUGAUGUUGGUGGCUGUAGAAAACAGUUAGCCCAAAUAAAAGAAAUGGUUGAACUUCCAUUGAGGCAUCCUCAAUUGUUCAAAGCUCUUGGUAUAAAACCACCAAGAGGUAUUCUUCUGUAUGGCCCUCCUGGAACAGGAAAGACACUGAUUGCUAGGGCUGUUGCUAAUGAAACAGGAUCAUUCUUCUUUCUAAUCAAUGGUCCUGAGAUCAUGAGUAAGCUUGCUGGUGAAUCUGAAAGUAAUCUGCGAAAAGCUUUUGAAGAGGCAGAAAAGAAUUCACCAGCGAUUAUCUUCAUUGAUGAAAUUGACGCCAUUGCACCCAAACGAGAGAAAACACACGGUGAAGUUGAAAGGAGAAUUGUAUCACAGCUGUUGACACUUAUGGAUGGCUUGAAGCAAAGAUCACAUGUUAUAAUUAUGGCUGCUACAAACAGACCAAACAGUAUCGACCCUGCGCUAAGACGAUUUGGUCGUUUUGACAGAGAAGUGGACAUUGGUAUCCCAGACGCAACAGGCCGAUUAGAAAUUAUACGCAUCCACACAAAGAACAUGAAAUUAGAUGACGAAGUCGAUUUGGAGCAAAUUGCUGCUGAAACUCAUGGGUAUGUGGGAUCAGACAUGGCUUCACUCUGCUCCGAAGCAGCUCUUCAGCAGAUUCGGGAAAAAAUGGAUUUAAUUGAUCUUGAAGAGGAAUCUAUUGAUGCUGAAGUGUUGGACUCACUUGCUGUUUCUAUGGAUAACUUUAGAUUUGCUAUGGGAGCAACUAAUCCAUCGGCGUUACGAGAAACUGUUGUUGAAGUGCCGAACGUAACCUGGAACGACAUUGGUGGACUUGAGAAAGUAAAGCGUGAGUUGCAAGAACUGGUACAGUACCCAGUCGAACAUCCCGAAAAGUUCUUGAAGUUUGGAAUGACCCCAUCCAAAGGUGUCUUGUUCUACGGUCCGCCUGGGUGUGGUAAAACUCUGUUGGCCAAAGCCAUUGCUAACGAAUGCCAGGCAAAUUUCAUUUCGAUCAAAGGUCCUGAGUUGUUGACGAUGUGGUUCGGAGAAUCUGAAGCCAACGUCAGAGACGUUUUUGACAAGGCUAGAAUGGCUGCACCGUGUGUGCUGUUUUUCGAUGAAUUAGACUCUAUCGCCAAAUCUCGUGGUGGAAGUGCGGGUGAUGGCGGUGGUGCUUCCGAUCGUGUCAUCAAUCAAAUUCUCACAGAAAUGGACGGUAUGGGAGCUAAAAAGAACGUGUUUAUCAUCGGAGCUACUAACAGGCCAGAUAUUAUCGAUUCUGCAAUCUUACGUCCAGGUCGUCUUGAUCAGCUUAUAUACAUUCCACUACCAGACGAACCAUCUAGGAUGUCCAUCUUGAAAGCUAAUCUCCGUAAAACUCCUAUCUCAACCGAGAUUGACUUGGGAUAUCUGGCUAAAGUAACACACGGUUUCAGUGGUGCUGAUCUGACCGAGAUUUGUCAACGGGCAUGUAAAUUAGCUAUUCGAGAAUCUAUCGAGAAAGAUAUCGAAAGAGAAAAACAAAGAGAUGCUAACGCUGAUAAUGACAUGGACAUGGAAGAUGAAGAGGAUCCAGUACCCGAGAUUCGUCGUGACCAUUUCGAAGAGUCAAUGAAAUUCGCUCGUAGAUCAGUUAGCGACAACGAUAUUCGAAAAUACGAAAUGUUCGCGCAAACGUUGCAACAAAGUCGUGGUUUAGGAACUAAUUUUAGGUUUCCGGGUGCUCAACAAGGAGGUGGCGGUGGCGGUGGCGGAGCUGCUCCUGGCGGUGGAAACUCUCAACAGCCCAAUUUAUAUGAAGAGAAUGCUGACGACGAUCUGUACAGCUAAACGCUCGGUUACGACGUAAACACAAACACAAACUAUUAGUUAUUAAAUGAAAUCUUUUGGAGAUGAUGUAUCGUCUCUCACUCCCUCACUUGUUCUUUGUUAUUGUUAAAUUA